AUGUACACUGGCUGCACUGUUAUGGUGGUUGAAGGUGGUGAUAUCUCCUUGGCGAGAAAGAAAAUUUUUUAUGACAUAUUGAAGAAGAAUGGUGGGGUCACAGUCACCAAUAUUUCUAGCUCUUCAACUCACCCAACUCACAUCGUUAGCUCUCUGCCUUAUGACACCCUCGAGCGAAAAGUCGGUGUCGGUAUGCUGCAGAAAUGUCCCUUUGUGGUGACUCCGAGGUGGUUGGAAGUGUGCAACUCCAUGAAGAAGCGAGUGUGUGAAGAUGAGUAUGCCAUAGCUCGACAAGAGCAAGAGGAGAGCUCGAAGCUCGUGCGUGAGAUUCAGAAUGAACAUCGCGAGCGAAGUGAUGUCAAAGAUAACGUCGUGCAUAACACUCCCCCUGACGAACACCACAAGUGCAGUGUGACAUCUGACCGCAAGAGAUUUCGGGAUCACGAGAGCGCUCGUCCGACAUCAGAGGUUGGAGAAGACGCAAAGUUACCACGAAAAGAAGCAGGUGGUCUUGUCAGGGUCAAGUUGGUGACAUGGAACGCUUGCGGGUUGAAGGGGCGGAGGGAGGAGAUGGAGGUGGGCAACGACUACGAGACGACCGACGAGGAGGAAGCAAGUCAGUCUGUUGAUCCUGCUAGCCUGACUCAUCGCACGUGCUCGCGCUCUUUCUUUGAAUUCUUCAGGAGUCUGCGAGAGCCCAACUGCGAGUACCUUAUUGGGAUUACGGAGACAUGGCUAUGCGAUGACGACAAGAACAGCCGAUCACAUCAAGAACGUCAAGAUCAUGAGAGAUGGUGGGAAAAGCAGGUGCAGAAAGUGUUUCCGAAACGUACAUGGCAUGUUGAGUUUGGGCUUGACGGGUUGGAGCCCAAGAGGCAAAAGGGUCUUGAAACCCUCGCAGGCUUCAGUUCUUCUUUCUCGGAUCCAGAAGGACGCCUGAUCUCUGCUUCUUUCUCUCUCCUACACGCCUUCGUCUGCUAUGUCCCUCAUCCAGGUCAGGUCGACUCCUGUCCUCGCUCCAUCCGCAACACCAACGGCCUCUGCAACCUUUCCUUCCGCCUUCUUCAUUGGGACCGCCUGCUCCGAGAAAAGAUCGCGCGCGCGAGCAAGCAGAGUCUUCCAGUGAUUGUGCUUGGGGACCUCAACGUGCACCGAGGGGGGCGAGUGGAGGAUGGAGCAUGUGCAGCAACAUGCGACAAGGAGCUGCAGAAGAGCCUUGAGCAAACUCUCGAGACCUGCGACCUCGUUGACGCGCAUGAUGCUUGUUGCUCGGAGGAAAGGGAGGGGAGCCGGAGGGAGGAGAGGCAGAGAGGAUGUACGUUCUGGAGCAGGAAACAUGCCUCAUGGUGGGCCCGACUUGACUACAUGCUCGCGUCCAAUAGCUUGUUGGAUGGAAGUCGAGGUCGAUUGCUGUCAUGCGAGGCUCUCAAAGAAACUUUCGGCAGCGAUCACUCGCCGGUUGUUUGUACAGUGGAGAUCAGGAGCGAAGAGGGACUCAGGGGAGCAAAGAGAUAA